AUGGGGGUCCUGAGGGAGCGGAUCGCGAAGCUGCGCGAGUACCACGGGAAGGCAUUGCUCGUGAGCUUCGACGACGGCGGCGGCGGCGCGGGCGCGCAGGUCGACGCCGUGACGCGCGAGGUGCAGCUGUCCUUCAGGCGGUUGGACGGGGAGAUCCGCGCGAUGCAGCAGGCGGGGGGCCGCGAGGAGGACGCGGCGGUCCGGCUGCAGGUGCAGCGGCAGCUGGCGCAGGCGCUGUUCAAGCUGAGCGUGGAGUUCAGCAGCCCCAAGGCCGCGGCUGAGGCGCAGAGGCUCUUGGCCUGA